GGAUUGGAGCCAGUCUCACAAAGAUCUGAUGGUGAUGAUCCAAGAAAUCAAAAAGUGUUUGCCUGAAGAGAAAAGGAGUUCCAGCAAGCCUAGUACCAUCAGUGCUCUCAAUUAUGCUUUACGGUGUGUACAACAGGUCCAAGGUAAGCAUGGAAAACAUCUGGAAGCAGAGAAGCUAGGCAGCAGCUUGGUUUGAAUGGAUGUGUCUCACAACAGAUAGCAAUAAAACAAAUGAAAGCAUUUCAUUUAUCCUGUGAACAAUUAACUUUUUGAACCGCUGUGGUUUUUUUAGCUUCAAAGUUGAAAUGUCCACUUACUACUUCUCUCUCAUUCAGCGUCCAGUCAUAGAUAGGUGCCUGCUAAUAACUUGUCGUGUAUGUUGAAAAAACAGCAUUCCUGUCGCUUGGAAAAUGCAUUGGAUAGUUUGCAUUUUCCAGCAGAACUAAGUUGCUAGUCACUCUUUUGCUGUCAUUUGCUGUCCUGCCUAUUUCCUUGUGCUUCUCUUCUGCGACAUAAGUCUCUCCAGUAGUAUAAUCAAUGCUCUUUUUUCCUUUGUCACUCCACAGACGUUCCUCAUCUCACCUUGGGCUUCACCUAAACGAUGACAAAAUUAGGAGGGCAGUAAGAAUUACUUUUAAAAUUGUCAUCUUACUGACUUCCUUGUGUUUGUUUUGCAUUUCCUGUUUCUUCGAUUAGCAAACAAUGAGUUUUUCCAGGCUCUGAGUGACCGAAGAAUGUUCCAGACAGAUGCGAUGACAUACAGCAUAGAAGAGUUGGUGGCAGUUGCGUCAGAACACACUCCAAAAAACAGUGUAAGGAAUUCAGAUGCACUCAAAGGAGUUCAUCACUUUCUGUUUCUUUCUCUAUUUUAUCACCUUAGUGUCUUUUUAGGGAAACAGAAUUUGUAAAAUCAAAAAGCCUUUAAAAGCCAAACAGAUUUUUGUUAGUAAUGGUAGAUCAGUGUUGCUGGUUAUCUGUGCUGACUUGGCAUACCUAACAGCUGUGAGUGAAGAAAUACUUCUAUUUUCUGUUUUCAUUUUUUUUCCGAGAAGCAACCACGAUCUGUUAGAAUUUUGGAAUUCAUUUGCACCAUAAUAAUCCCCUCAGAUGGUAUAUCAGAAUGUUUUCAUAGCUGAUCAAAUCCAUAGUUGUGAAGGUCUCUGAUUUCUGUUUGUGUUCUUGGAUUAUUUAUUGACUGAUUGAUUUUUCAGCAUGUGUUGUGGUUUCUGUCUCUAUUUCAAAUAAAAGAGUGUUGAGUUUCAGCACUAUUACGUGCUCUAUCAAAAAGUUCUCUGAUUUUUGUAUGUGGAUCUGUGGUGAAUACUGUGAAAUCUGGGGAGAAGUCUGUGGCCAGAUAACCAGUCAUUCUGGAAAAUGUCAAGUGUCUGUGGAAUCUGUUUCAGUUUUGAUAUUGCAGUCUUAUUAGCACAUGUAAGUAAUGAGUAAGCUAUGACAGUAUGGGGGACUGCAGUAGCUCACGUGCGACUUUGUUUGGAUGCUAGCUUUAGAACACGCUUCUGUACCUCUGUCUUUAUGGUGUGUGGUAGUUUGUGUGUCCCAUGGUUGUUCUAGUGGGAGGGGGGUGGGGGAAGUUUGCCUUUCUUUUUUUAUCCUUUUGAUAUUGCUACCUUAUGUUGGGGAGGGUUGCUUUUGAUAAGGUUUGUUUUCUAGGACACCUUUGUGGCUGUGUUUUCCCUGGUUUCUGGGCGCAUAGUGCAUAUUUCUGAGCAGGCAGCAUCCAUUCUAAGCUGUAAGAAGAAAGUCUUGGAAUCCUCCCGGUUUGUAGAGCUGCUUGCCCCUCAGGAUGUGAGUGUGUUCUAUGCACACACUGAUCGGUCUCACCUGCCGCUGUGGAACACAGAAAGUCAAACAGAGGUGGUAAAGAUCAAGAGCAAGAAAUGCACUGGUACCCGUUCCGAAUCACCCCAUACUUGGUCCACGUGUGCACCUCUGUCCAUGUGGAUGCAGAGUCCUGCUGCUUAGCUUUGGCUGAGAAAAUUCACUCUGGAUAUGAAGCUCCUCGAAUUCCUACGGAUAAAAGAAUCUUCACCACCACUCACACUCCAGGAUGUGUUUUUCUUGAGGUAGAUGACAGAGCAGUGCCUUUGUUGGGUUACUUACCUCAGGAUUUGAUUGGAACAUCCGUACUGAUGUAUUUGCACCCAGAAGAUCGUCCUUUGAUGAUCGCUAUUCACCGUAAAAUACUGAAGUUUGCUGGCCAGCCUCCUUUUGAGUAUUUACCCAUUAGAUUUUGCACUCAAAAUGGGGAUUAUAUCAUCCUGGAUACCAGCUGGUCCAGUUUUGUGAAUCCAUGGAGCAGGAAGGUGGUGUUCAUCAUUGGCCGACACAAAGUCCGAACAAGCCCUCUGAAUGAAGAUGUCUUUGCUCCAAGAAGUCAAGAAACUAGCAGUGUUGAGAAAGAGAUAAAAGAAUUGCAAGGACAAAUCUACAAGCUGCUUCUGCAGCCAGUUCAUAGCAAUGUUUCCAGUGGUUAUGGUAGCCUUGGUAGCAGUGGUUCUUAUGAGCACUAUAUCAGCAUAGCAUCUUCAAGUGACUCCAAUGGGAAUUGUGCAGAGGAAACACAAGAACCAAUGACUUUACAACAAGUCUGUGCAGAUGUCAACAGAAUAAAGAAUCUGGGACAGCAGCUGUAUAUUGCAUCAAGGAGCAAGCCACAGAAUGGAAAUGAACAGCCUAUGAGUUCAGAAGUGCUAGAAGGGAAGAUGUACAAUGCUUCCUGUUUUAUCCAGACCUCGAGAAGCGAUAGCACAGAAGAACCAGGCAAUGCACUUUAUGAUGAUUCAAAGAUGACUCCACAUGUUCCUUCCUAUCAGCAGAUCAAUUGUGUUGAUAGUAUCAUCAGAUAUCUAGAGAGCUGCAGUAUUCCACUAUUGAAAAGGAAAUGUAAAUCUUCUACAAAUACGUCAUCGUCUUCAGAUGGCGACAAAAAUCAGCAAAGGCUGCAGGAAACCAAGGCAUUGGAAGAUACUGCUGUUCUUUCAUCAGUUAAUUCCCAAACUCCUGUAUUUGCUGAUCAAGAAGAGAUGCUGAAAAAGCAGACAAAUGAAGGCAUCGUGGGAGCUCCUCUGCCAGACCUGACCCUGUCCAACAAGUCUCCGAGUGUGGUAUCUGCCACCAGCCAGUGCAGUUACAGCAGCACUAUUGUGCACGUCCCGCACCCUGAAUCAGAAGUGACUACAGUGGAGAAUACUCCUGUUGGAAAUGAACGCAUUGAGCUGCCUCCUGUGAAUGCUCGGAAUCCUAGUACCGCGGCUGAGGAGUUAAAGCCAGUUGGGUUAACGAAAGAGACUUUGUCAGCCCACACUCAAAAGGAAGAGCAAAACUACGUUGACAAGUUCCAUCGGAGGAUCUUGCUCUCUCCAUUUAGGACUUACCUUCAGCGGGAUAGCAGAAGUAACAAUGGACAUUCCUGUGGCCAAGGAAAUUAUCCUUCAAAGGAGAUGACUCCAGCCAGCUGUAAAAAUGGCAAAAAUGGAAAACUCAAGCGCCAGAAACCUCAGAGACGGUCUUCAGAUAGACGAUCUUCUAGUAAGAAUAGAAAUAGCCUUCAAUGUGAGAAGAGAACAGUUCAGAAGCAGUCACUUUCUCCCUCGGAAGUAUCCCGUUUAAGCUCCUCCCGUACAACUUUCUUUUCUCCUGUGGGAUUUCCUGUCUAUUCAGAUGCACCGUCUAGUUUUCCAGCCUCUUCUGUAGGAGAGGAACUUGCCCUUUACUCAUCAAAACCUGAGCCCACGUUACCGUCACAACUAUGCUGUGAAGCACCAUCAUUCCCAGCUCUUUAUCCCCCAAACAUAGGGAUGUUUAUGGCUGUAUUUUUUCACGGUUUCCCCAUGUAUGCUCAGAUGCCUCAGUAUGCCUUUCUUCCUAGCGCUCAGAACGUUUAUCUCCCUUCUUCAUAUCCGUGCACUGUUCUACCACCUGCCCCUCCUUUAGCUCCAUCACCAGUAGCCCCAGACUCUGUGGAUCAGUCCUGUCCAGCUUCUUCUGCCACAUCCACUGAGGAGCAGCCAGAGGGCCAGCAUGGCCAGGCCCUGCAGCUGAGUAGCUCACGGAGCAGCUCCCCACUUCAGCUGAAUUUGCUUCAAGAAGAGCUGCCAGAAUCUCUUGGGCCUUCAGUUAGCACUGAUGUUAAAGCAUGUGCAGAAACUAAAUGUGACAAUAGUCCGGAAGAUAGCGGUAACAGUGCUAGUAGCCAUUGUGCUUCUAGUGAAUUUACUGACCACUUGCUACAUGAGGACUCCCAGUCAGGCGCAGGUUCAGCAGCAUCAGGCAGUGGAUUGGCUUUAUCUAGUUCUUUAGGCUCUCAGUCUUAUGAAGCUUCUGGUGGUGGCACAGGUAGUGGGAAAAGCAGCAAGUAUUUUGCCAGUAAUGAUUCUUCUGAAACUUCCAAAGAAGAGACAAAUCAAGAAGCAAAAGAAAAAGAGACAUCUCAUAAAUCUAAACAUGAGUCAGCCUGGGUGACGAUGGAUCACUCACCUGAGCAAGUUCUAAUGACGUACCAAAUGCCUAACAGAAUUAAAGAGGAAGUUCUAAAAGAGGAUAUGGAGAAGCUGAUAGUCAUGCGAAAGCAGCAGCCUUGGUUUUCAGAUAGGCAAAAGAGGGAGCUUGCAGAAGUGCAUACGUGGAUCCGGACGCAGACAGUUCCUCUACAAAUCAGCGCUCAAGGAUGUGUUACAUGUGACAUCAGGGAAGCAACUUGUGAGGCUGCAGUGGCUGAUGACAGUAUGGAAAACAAGGGAAAAACGCUUCCGGUCUUGGAACACUGAAGACAUCAGUGCCUAUGUCAGUGAAACUGGUUGGAAUAAUUCUUAUUCCCUUUUCCUUUGGCUUUGCUAGAUGCUAGCAGCAAAUCUCUCCAGCUGUCUUCUCCCACCAUGAACAAUCAUACAUGAAACUAAACCUUUCUCCAAUACUCCCUUCGCUCCUGGCGGGAUUUUGAAGACAAUCUUUCACUGGGAGGUGGUUUCCCUUCCUGACAUCACAAACUUGACAAGAAUGAAUGAUUAUGAAUGGAUUAUGUUUCUAACUUCUGAUUGCUCAGUAACGAGCAAAUUAUAAAAAUGGCUUUUUGUUUUCUGGUGGUGUUGUAUUGUUUUUUUUGUCGUUGGUUAUUUUUUUUAACUGGACAGGUAAGAGAUGGAAAAGAUGCGGUGGUUAAAAGCUUACAUUGGUCUAGCCUUGUUUGCUCUCCAUUGAGGUAGGUGUAUUAGUACCAGUGAAUCCGAGCUACAGCAGAAUGUUCUUCAAUUUUGUUUAUUCAAUUUGCAAAGAUCUGAAGUCGAGAUUCUAAAGAUACUUUGAAGAUCUAAAUUCUACAGAACGCUGUGGGCUUUUUAAUGAACGACUAAAAUCUGGUAAGUAACUGGGCAUCAAAAUGCCGUUCUCCAGCUUGUGUCCAUCAAAGAAGUCUAGAAAACUGAAGUGAAAAGAAGCAAAGCUAUUCCUUAUGUUUUUCACAAGUAUUUUUUCAAUGUAAUUACUUCAUAGUUUGUUUUUAAAGCUGUGUCUCUUAAGGUGGUUUCUAAAAUUAUCUGGUUUGCGAAUCCAUUGUUAAUCAAAAACUGAAAUAUACAAUUCAGGUAUUAUUAUAUAGGAUCUGUUUUUUUAAUGAAAGUCAUAUGAAACAAUCUUCUUUAUCAAGGCUCUAUAGCCUUGUUAUCAGUACAGAUAGUUGGGUAUAGACUUUGAUGGUUGCUAUUGCUCUGGAAAGUGAAAUUGGGUCUAAACCGUUGUUGUUGUUGUUGUGUUAGAGUAGUUAGAUAAAUUCAAUCCAGAUACAGCUGAAAGGGAAAAUUUGAGCCAUUUCUGUAUUUUGUUUUUCUUGUGGCAAAGCUUAAUUUCUCAUUGUAUAAGGAGUCAACAUGUGGAAACAAAUUUGAACACCAAACCACAUAUUUGUUGUUUCUAAUCCCUGUUGGCUUCCCGGACAAAGUUUAACCUAUUGAUAAUGGCAUUACCAGCUGUUGAAAUGCAUGGAGGAAAAAUGGGUUUUUGCAUAGUGUAUGCUUGUUCUUCAGAAGGUGGUAACCCCUUUUUUCUUCAGAAUGCAGAAGGACUUGUUCUCGUGUUAAUACUUGUAGCUUCAAGCUUGAUGUUUCAAGCUGCUCUUCAGACAGGACAACCUUUGCUUAAAACCUAGCAAAUCUUGUCUGAUUCCACUUUGUUUACCAACAACUGGAUGUAAUAAUGCAGGUUUUCAUUUUGGUAAUCAUCUGAGCCUUCUCAACAGGGUUUUAGCAGGUAAUUCAUUGUUCACCUUUUUGUAUAGUGUAACUCAUCUGUUAUGUGAAGGAUUUUCAGGUUUUCGGUUUCAUUUACUAAUGAGCUAGUUGUCGAUUAAGUUAUAUAACACUAUGAUUUCAGAUAACUGAAAUAAAAUUAUAUUUAUAGGCUUUUCCUAUUUUUCUAAUUAAUUCAGUAGCGAUCUUUGUCACUAAAGCCUAUUUCAGGGAAUGUUAUUUGUAUUUUAAGUGUUCAAGGCUAUUUUGACUCAGGCAGUGUUCUCUUGAUAUUUUUUACAGGAUUUCUGCCAAUUUUGUUUAUACAUACUGCUUUCUGUUUAUUCUUGAGGUGUACUUUUUUUAUUUGUCUUGAGCUUUUUCCUUAACUGUUGCAAAUCAGCAAAGAUUCACAUAUUCUAAGUAUCUCAAGUGCUUGAAGUUAAGAUGUUUUUUUUAAAAUGAGUCCUAAAUAGAUGAAAUUUAAAUUGAUUCCUCAAUAGAUGGUUGCAUAUAGAAAGCUGUACACUCAAGUAGAAAAGCCUGUAACUUACACAGUAAGUGUAAUACCUUACUCAAGUUUUUACUUUCAGCACUUUCCGAAUAUGGAGUGCAGCUUUAUAACUACACUGCCGGAAACAUUUGCUCUAAAACAUGUAAUAAGACACUUUUUCUAUAGGUUCUUUCCUUAGUAGGGAAGGUUCUUAACUAACUUAUUCAUGUAAUUGAAUAAAUUCUAGUUAGCUGUGCUUAAAUUCAGUGCUUUAAUGUAGUUUGAGGCUUAGUGAAAUAAUCUGUUUCACUGAGUGAAGUGAAUAUUCCAAGUAAGGGCAUUUAUGUCCUUCAAAAGAGUUUAAAUGUGUAAGCCAGAAGGAAAGUGAAAUGUCUUAGCCGGCAUUAAGUCAUCUAUUUUAUAAAAGGUGGAGAAUUCGUUUAGGAUAAUGAUAAUUUAAACCUAAUAACUUGAAUAAUCCUUUUAAUUCAUAGGUCUGGAGACUUGCACAGAUGCACACCCCCAGUUCAUACCAAAUCCAGGAGUAUAAUCUGGGCAUCUUCAUUCACUCUAUAGCAAAGACAGCACAGGAUACAUAGUCAAGAUUCUCACCUGUACAUAUAAGCUUGACCAUAUUAAACUGUUUCUUACUGGAGCAUGUUAACUCUUCCCGUACUAACUACUGCAUGAACCUGUGCUCAGUAGAAUCACAUAGGAGCAGAAACGCUGGACAGUUUUUACAGUGGUGUGACUGCUGCACCCUGUGAUCACAUGUAGUGCAGGAGCAUGCGCCUCGGAGUUUAAACUCAAAGUUCAUAAUCCUGGCUCAAUCUUAGGUGCAAGAUUCUAUAGGAGAAACAAAGUGGUGAAUCAGUACCCUGUGUGAUAAUGACACUAAAUUGUUUGCCCAAGAACACUAACAGUCUUACUUGCGAAACUGGAUUUAGGACAAAAAAAUAGUUUUCUAAGCUAUUCUUUACCCCACUGGCACAACAACAUCUAGCAACCAAAUGCCUUAUCAGGCCUUUUGGGAAGGACCUUAUUUCUGUAAGCUUUUAGGAACUGGUCGUUUGUACUUUAGCUUGUGUCAGCUUUUCAGUUUUCACAGCUUGCUGAAGUAGUCACGAUGAAACCCAGUCUUGAUCUGAAAGAGCAUUUGAGUAAAUAUUGCAGCCCGACGUGCACACAGUGCUUUAUGUGACCUUAUUUUGAUACAGUUAAAAUGUUGGAGACAGUUUACAUCUUCUCAGAAAGUCGUCUUUUUUUAUCAUCAAAUGAAAAUAUUCAAGUGCGGCAAUGACUCAGUUCUUCUGCCCCCUGUGGGGGUUUCAGCAGCUUGGUGGACUGAGCAGACUUUUUUUCCUGUUCAAAAGUACAGUUUUAUGUUUAAAAUAGUAUCUGCACGUUGGUUCACCUGUCACAGCAUUGGUAUAAACAGGAAGGGGACCCUAGUGUAUUUUUGCAGUGUGCGAUGAAUGUACUGGUGAGUUUAUUCUCCACAUGAAUCAAGUUUUAAAUCACAGUUGAAUGAAUAUUUGCAGUAGUUGAUAGGAGUAUUUUAUGGAAGUAAUAUUCGGCUGUGGUUUAACUUACAGUUGUGAUUUUAACUGUACAACCUAAAGGAGCAUCUGUUUUUAUAAAUAAAACAAAAAACCAUCCUGCCAA